UUUUCCCUGCCCUUUUGGGCUUUUCAAGGUCCUCUUCACACUGCACGCUAUCUCACAGCUUCAAGAGCUCUUGCAGCUUCCCUGCUUACUGUACCGGAGUCAAGGGAGAGCCGGAGAAGAAGCAACAGGGAAAGCAUCCUCCUUUCCUAUCAAUGGCUUUCCCUCUACUCACCCUAUCUCUGCUCUUCUUCUUCCAUCUCGUCCAAGGAAACCCUGAACUUAGAGCUCUAAUGGAACUCAAGUCUUCUCUUGACCCCGACGGUCAUUACCUGUCUUCUUGGACUCCCGGAGGCGACCCUUGUCGUGGCCACUUCGAGGGAGUAGCAUGCAAUGAGCAUGGCAAAGUGGCCAACAUCUCAUUACAGGGGAAGGGGCUCUCUGGCUCUAUCUCGCCGUCGGUGAAGGAACUCAGGUGCCUUUCUGGGCUUUAUCUACAUUACAACGCACUUAGAGGGGAGAUACCGAAAGAGAUUGCAAAUCUGACUGAGCUCACUGACCUCUAUCUCAACGUUAAUAAUCUCAGCGGCGGCAUUCCGUCGGAAAUCGGCAACAUGGCUAGUCUCCAAGUAUUGCAGCUUUGCUAUAACCGGUUGACAGGUAGCAUACCUACUCAAUUGGGGAUUUUGAGUAAGCUCUCUGUUCUUGCUCUGCAAUCGAAUCAGCUAACUGGAGCCAUUCCUGCAAGCUUGGGUGAUUUACCCGAGCUUGUGCGUCUCGAUUUGAGCUUCAAUAAAUUCUUCGGUUCAAUUCCGAGGAAGCUUGCUCUGCUCCCUCAGCUAUUAGUCUUAGAUGUUCGAAACAAUUCCCUCUCUGGAGAUGUCCCCACUGAUUUACAGAGGCUAAGCAAAGGUUUUCAGUUUGCAAAUAACAAGGGACUAUGCGGUAUAGGGUUUUCUUCUCUACAAACUUGCACUUCUGCUGACCUCCUUAAUCCAAACAGACCUGAGCCAUAUGGCCCCAACGCCUCGGCUGGACUGCUCCCAAGAGAGAUUCCUCAGUCAGCAGAUUUGAGCCGAAAUUGCAAGGGUUCACGCUGCUCGAAUGGUUCCAAAUCCUCAGCCAUUGUAGUUAUUAUCGUCGUAAUUGUUGUUUCCAUAGGUGGACUGAUCUCUGGACUACUUGUAUUCGUAUGGUAUCGCCGUCGGAAACAAAAGAUUGGCAGUGCACUCGAACUCUCGGAUAGCCGACUUAGCAUUGACCAACCCAAAGAAGUCUUUAGAAAGAGCGCAUCUCCUCUCAUCAACCUUGAUUACUCAAACGGAUGGGACCCUUUGGCUGAAGGUGGUAGCAGCAAUGAAUUUUCACAGGAGGUCCAGAGCUUCAGAUUCAAUUUGGAGGAAGUGGAAUGUGCAACUCAGUAUUUCUCUGAGGUUAAUUUGCUUGGGAAGAGCAACUUUGUUUCGACUUAUAAAGGUAUGUUGAGGGAUGGAAGUCUUGUUGCUGUGAAGAGCAUUACUAAGACAAGCUGCAAGACUGAGGAAGCUGAGUUCUUGAAGGGAUUGAAGGCUUUGACAGUACUCAGACAUGAAAACCUUGUUGGUUUGAAAGGGUUUUGUUGUUCCAGAGGUCGAGGAGAGUGCUUCCUUUUAUAUGAUUUCGUUGCCAAUGGAAGCUUAUCGAAUUAUCUUGAUGCAAAGGAUGAUGAAAAGGAGAAGAUUCUUGAUUGGUCUACAAGGGUUUCAAUCAUCAAGGGCAUAGCUAAGGGUAUUGAAUACCUCCACAGCAGCAGAGUAAACAAGCCAGCCCUUGUUCACCAAAGCAUAUCAGCUGAUAAGAUACUGAUAGACCAAGCUUUUGUUCCCAAGCUCUCUGCAGCUGGUCUGCACAAGCUUUUAGCUGAUGAUGUCGUCUUCUCCACCCUCAAAGCUAGCGCCGCAAUGGGUUACCUUGCUCCUGAAUACACGACCACUGGCCGCUUCACUGAAAAGAGCGAUGUCUACUCCUUCGGAGUUAUCAUGUUCCAAAUCCUCACCGGCAAGACAAAGGUCACCCACCUUCGACUUACGGCAGAUUCCGGCCAACUCGACGACCUCAUUGACAAGAAACUCAGCAAGUGCUUCUCCAUUCCAGAAGCAGCGAAGCUUGCAGGAAUUGCAUUGAUAUGCACAAGUGAGAUUCCAGGCCAGAGACCAACAAUGGAGGCUGUGCUUCAAGAACUGGGAAGUAACUGAUGCUUCAAUUUCUAACUGUACUGAUCUUUUGUAAUUGUAAUCGACUUUUUUAUGUAUCUGCCUGUUUUAAAUUUUACUUGAACUCUUAUGUCUUGUAAGAGAAGUGAAGAAGUUCCAGUGUUUUGGAAUUGUUCUUUGA